GAGUUGAUAGAGAAUCAACACUCUCUCUCUCUCUCUAGAUCUCCCUCUGCUGCCGACAUGGCUACUCUUAGUCUUUUCUCAGUUGUUGUGUUUCUUCACUUGACAGUUGUGCUUUUCGUCUCAGAGCCCACCAAUGCGCAGGGCUUGAAAGUAGGGUUCUACAAGAACGCAUGCCCGUCUGUGGAGGCUAUCGUCGAACAGACCACCGCUCAUUUCCUCUCGCGAGCGCCCAGCCUUGCCGCUCCUUUAUUAAGGAUGCAUUUCCAUGAUUGUUUCGUCAGGGGAUGCGAUGGUUCGGUGCUAUUGAAUGCUACUGCUGCAAACAAGCAAACUGAGAAAACUGCAGUUCCCAACCAAAGUCUGAGAGGGUUCCAGGUUAUAGACGCUGUAAAAUCUGCAGUAGAGAAAGUUUGUCCAGGAGUGGUUUCAUGUGCAGAUAUUAUUGCCCUAGUAGCUAGAGACGCAGUUGUGUUUGAUAAAGGACCAUUCUGGGAAGUACCAACGGGGCGCAGAGAUGGAAGAGUAUCAAAUGCCAGUGAGGCCUUGCAAUUUCUACCACCUCCUUUUGCAAACAUCAGCGACCUCAAGUCAAGGUUCCAGGCAAAGGGCCUAAGUGUUAAAGACCUGGUCGUCCUUUCAGCUGCACACACAAUUGGGACUUCUCACUGCUUUAACUUCAACAACCGACUGUACAACUUCACCGGCAAGGGUGACACAGACCCCUCAAUGGACCCCAAUUACAUUGCUAGGUUGAAGAACAAAUGUAAGCCAGGAGACAACACCACGCUCGUCGAGAUGGAUCCCGGCAGCCGGAAAACAUUCGACGCUGAUUACUACACGCUCGUGGCUAAGAGACGAGGACUCUUCCAAUCGGAUGCUGCCCUUCUCACCGACAGCGAGACAAGAGCUUAUGUCAAGCUCCAGGCUUCUACCCAUGGAUCUACCUUCUUCAAAGAUUUUGGGGUGUCCAUGGUCAACAUGGGUAACAUUGGCGUCCUUACAGGUUUCGCUGGUGAAAUCAGGAAACAUUGUGCUUUUGUCAACUGAGAGACGUACGGUUGUUAUUUAACGUCUAGUUUUUGGUCCAUUCUGUUGAGCCGCUUGGCCUAAGACAUAAUGGUUUUAUUCGGUGUGAUUUCAUUUGUUUUGCUUUUCCAAAGCUUUUAUUGCACCUCCUGAAUAAAAAUCCAAAAUGGUGAUGUUCUUUGAGUUUAUGUCA